GGGGCGUUGUCAAUCAAUAUGGCGGCGGAAUGGCUGUGAGUGGGAGUGUCAGGAUGAGGUUGAAGUCUUCUAGUGUAGAUUAUGGGGAUCCUCCCAGCAAGGUUGAAACUAGAGAAGAUGAAGAACAAGCUAUCAAAUUGCAAGAAAUAAUCGAUCUUCUUCUUGCUGCUGGUUAUUUUAGAGCCAGGAUUAAAGGACUGUCGUCGUUUGAUAAGGUAGUAGGCGGGAUGACUUGGUGUAUUGAGACAUGUAACAUUGAUAUAGAUGUGGAUCUUCUCUUUCAAGAAAAUUUAACAAUUGGCCAGAAAAUAUCUCUAACAGAGAAAAUAGUUGCAGUUCUUCCCAAAAUGAAGUGUCCUCAUCGUUUAGAACCUCAUCAGAUUCAAGGAUUGGAUUGCAUUCAUAUAUUUCCAGUAAUUCAGUGGCUGGUGAAGAAAGCAAUUGAAACCAGACAAGAAAUGGGAGAUUAUAUUAGAGCUUAUUCUAUUUAUCAAUUUAGUAAGAAUCAUUCAACACCUCAGGAUUUAGAAAAGGAAGCACUUAAGGAAAAGGUGAUUUCAACAUUAAAGGAUUUGAAGGAAUCGUACCAGCCGAAGCGGCGUUAUCGUCACCAUGCAUCUCAUAAGUUAAAGGAAGAGGAAGUCAGGGUACAGACGACUCUAUUAGAAUACGGAAGAAAGUACGGAAUAUUGAGAUUACAUCAUAAAAAUCAAGCUACGAGUCAGGACGAAGAAUCUAAUCUGGUGCCUAAAAAUGACGUGAAAGAAAGUAAAAAUGCCGAAGAGACACAGAUCGACAAGUUGAUGAGUGGUAUGUCGGCAAUGGAUGAAUCCGAGACUAAGGUCACGGCCAGUGUGGUUGGAUCAAUCGUCAGCAUGCAGUCCGACAAAAUUCAACAGAUCGCCUCGGAGUUUGCUGAUAAGCAAGCUGAAUUAGCGAGCGAAGAAUUGGGAGAGAAAUAUGGAGGAAUUCAGCACCACAAGAGAGUCAUUACUUCAUUAAACAAACAAAUAACGGAUAAAACCGAGAGUUUAAAUCAGCUUAACCAGAAGUAUAAUGAAUUAAAAUCCGGUUACGAAGAGAAGCGUAAUAAACUGAAAGAGCUUAACAACUAUUACGAAAAACUCUCCGACGAGAUGGAAAAGUUCGAAACAGUAAAGAAGGAAGAUAAAGAAAUUAUAGAAAAGUUGAAUUCGUUAGUGUUGAUGAACGAAAAUUUGAAACACCAAGAGCAAGAAUUUAAGUCCCACUGUAAGGAAGAAUUAGCAAGAUUACAAGCCGAUAUCGAAGAGGUUAAAUCGUCUAAUAAAGAAUUAUCGUCGGAAGAUAAGGAACGGAGAGAAGUAAUAGAGAAACAAUAUUCUACUGACAAAGAAAAGCUACAAAAGAUACGAGGACUACUGGCACGUAAAAAUCGAGAAAUUGCAUCGUUACAAAGAAAGAUCGACGAGGUUCCCGCUCGAGCCGAAUUGAGUCAGUAUCAACGUCGAUUCGUAGAAUUGUAUAAUCAAGUGGCUGCCAAACAUAAGGAAACAAAACAGUUCUAUACAUUAUACAACACAUUGGAUGACACAAAAAUGUAUCUUUCUAAAGAGGUUAAUUUGUUGAAUUCCAUUUUGGAUAACUUUUCAACUGCUAUGGCAUCUCCUGGAACGAGAGAUCAGUUCUUAUCCCAGUUUCAACAGAUUGUCGAUGGAAUAUGUCAAAACAAAAUCAGGGUUGAAAAGAAAAAGCAAGAAGAGAAAAUGAAACGCGAUCAACUAAACGAUACAUAUCUGGACUUAGUAGAAAAACAAAGAUUAUAUUUCAAGACAGUAAAGGAUUUCAAAGAGGAAUGCCGCAAGAACGAACUACUGGCUGCAAAAGUCAAAGAAGUUAGUCAAGAGAGAGUUCGAAAUUAAAAGAAGUUCUAUUUUUUUUUGGUUCUUUGAUGAUGUAUGUAUUAACAUGAAUUGUAUAGAUGUAAAAAAUAAAAAUUUGCUUUACAUACAAUG